AUGGGCUACCCUGAUAGGGCUUUCCCACUCCUGGACCCCUCCACCCCCAACCCCUCCCACUCUGGCCCCAACCACUCCCCCCCCUCUCUCCAGCGUUGCGGAGGGCUACAUGCUAUUUUCGCAGUACAGGGGCAUUCAGCACAUCGCUGUGGCGGCUCUCAACGUGCUCUCCACACAGCAUCACAUUCACUCCCUCGUCCACCACCCCCCUUUUCCCAAUUCUUCCACUCUUCUUCCAUCACAUUCACGGCGUGCAAUGCAGCAAUGGGUUCGUCUUAUCUCAGAACCCAUACCAUCCCUUGUGCCCCCACCUUCCCCACCCCGUCCACCUCUCUUUCAUCCCACCUCCUCCCACCAGUCGCUGUUCUUUGCAGCAGACCUCCGCCCCACGCCAGCACAGGCCACGAUAGUGAGCUGGGUGGUGAAGGACGGGAUGCAGCAUGCCAGCAAGCAUCAAUACCUCCUCCCUUGCUCCCCCUGCCCGCUCCCACACCCCAGUCUCUCUUCUUUGCAGCGGGUCUCCGUCCCACGCUAGCACAGGCCACCAUAUCCCUCCUCUUCGCAGCAGGCCUCCGCCCCACGCCAGCACAGGCCACCAUAGUGAGCUGGGUGGUGAAGGACGGCAUGCAGCAUGCCAGCAAGAUCGCUGCAAGCCGCCUCGGGCGCAGCAUGGAUGCCGAUCCCAAGCGCUGGCGCGUGGCUGCUGACGUCGUGUGUGACGUGGGGGCGUUCCUUGAGUGCCUCUCCCCCUUGAUGCCCCACCGCUUCCUGCUGCUCGCUGGGCUUGCCAAUGCCGGGAAGGGCCUCUCGCUAGUGAUAGCUCGAGCCACCCGCCUGCCUCUAUACGACGCGUUUGCAAAAGAGGGCAACAUCAGCGACCUGUACGCAAAGGGAGAGGCCAUCAGCGUCCUCUCCUCCCUCGCCGGCCUUGCUCUCGGCCUCAAACUUGCCUCCUCCGUCUGCCAGACAGCACAAGCUAAGCUGGCAGCGGUGCCGGUGCUAGCGGCGGUGCAUCUGUGGUCGGUGACAGAGGAGAUGAGGGCCGUGCCCAUUAACACUCUCAACGCUCAGCGCACCAACGUGCUCAUCAACCAUUUCCUCUCCAGUGGCGAGCUACUGAGUCCAGUGGACAUGCGGUGGAGGGAGAACAUUGUGAAGCCCGACCCGCCGCUCACUCUGCCUACUGCCCACCGCCCGGCUUUGAGACGUCUCAAAACCCCAAACCCCGCUCCCCUCCCCUCCCCCUGUGCAUCAGAGUGGCGAGCUACUGAGUCCAGUGGACAUGCGGUGGAGGGAGAACAUUGUGAAGCCCGACCCGCCACUCACACUGCCUGCUGCCCACCGCCUCGCCCUCCCGCCCGCUCCACAUGGCAUCAAGACCAGCAGUGCUAG